AUGAAAAAAGUAGGAGCUUUCUUCUUGUCUCUGACAGUAAUAUCCAUUACUACUAUCAGCAACGUUCUAGCUGGCCGGCCUGGUAUUUAUCAACGUCUUCCUGACCCUGAGGGCCAAUUUCCUCGCCUUGGAGCCUGUCCAGAUGAUCACGCAUGCAUUUUCCCACCGGAUGUUUCGCAAUUUCUUCCAGGUGCCUAUUUUGAUCUGAGGGUAGAACUUCAUGCGUACGACAGAAACACAUCCAAUCCGGCACCAGAGCCUUAUACGCAAUUCAAAACUACCGUACGCAAAGACGAUGGGCCAUGGACCGAUGCAAAUGAGUUUUUUGCUACCCCAGAUAUACCAGCCCUCGAGUACUGGAAUUUCACUUGGGCAUAUUCCGCUGAAGCACAUUAUUCCAAGGAGGAAGGUGGUGGUAAAAAGCCAAUCGAUGUUAAUGUAUCAUCCCGAGUAUGGCGUAAAUUGAAAUUCGAUGAACCAGGAAGGUACGAUGUGUCAGUCCAGUACAGUCCCAAGGAAGCAUACACAGUUCGCUACACUGUUAUCGAGCCCCGUAAGCCUGAACGAAAAGCAAAAAACGCCAUUCUUUUUAUAGCAGAUGGCUGCAACAUUGGUAUGAUCACAGCUGCUCGUGCAGUUGCACGUAAAACAACCUCGGGAAAAUUCGUCAACGGCCUAUUAUCCUUUGAAGAUUUUGACGAGCUUGGUCAUAUCAUCACACAUUCAGUGGACGGUCUUGUGACGGACUCUUCCAAUUCUGCAUCAUCCUAUGCAACAGGCCAUAAAGCCAGCGUCCAAGCCCUCGGAGUGUAUGGUGAUUCUUCGCCAUCCCAAUUCGACGACCCCAAAGUCGAAUUAGUUACGGAAUUAAUCCGUCGACGACAGCCAGGCAAAGCGGUUGGCAUAGUGACUACUGCUUUUGUCCAGGAUGCAACACCCGGUGCAUUUUAUUCGCAUACGCGAAGACGUGGAACUUUGGCUGAAAUCACUGAUCAAUUGGUCCAUGGCGUCCCAGAUUGGUUAGCUGCAGUCGAGCCUGAUGUAUUGAUGGGCGGUGGAGCCGAAUACUUUAAGGGAGAACAGGCCGUCAAUGAGACUGAUUAUUACGCACUUUUGCAAGACAAGUAUGGCUAUCAAGUCGUUAUGAAUAAGCAGACUUUGAAUGCGUACAAUGGCCAGAACAAGCUUUUGGGUAUUUUCCGAAAAGACGUUAUGGAUGUCUGGCUUGAGCGAAACAUUUUCAUCAAUAAUACAGCCGAUAAUGCAGCUGCCCCUGAUUUGAGUGGCGAUAGCGCUUUAGGUUCCGACCAGCCCGGAUUAGAUGACAUGACACUCAAGGCUUUAGAAGUCUUGAAGAAACGGGGUGGUGAUGAUGGUUUCUUUUUGAUGUCAGAGGCCGCAUCAGUCGAUAAAAGGCUCCACCAAUUAGACUUUCCGCGUGCAUGGGCUGAUCUUAUCGAGUUGGAUGUGACAAUCAAGAAAACAAUCGAAUGGCUCAAGAAAAACGGCGAAUACGAAGAUACGCUUAUACUCGUGACAGCCGAUCACAGUCACUCCUAUGAUGUAUUUGGUACUGUUGACCAGCAGUUUUUGGACUCUCAAACAUCUCACCGGAAUAUGCGUAAUGCCGUCGGUAUUUAUGAUAAGUCUGGAUGGCCCGGAUUUUCUGACGAAGAUCAGGAUGGCUUUCCGGACAACUGGGAUCCUCGUAUUACCUUGGCUUCUGGCUCAACAAACGGGCCCGAUCAUUUUGAAGCUUGGAAGCUUUCAUCGAACGGUUAUCGUAACCCGUUUAUCAUGCAAGAAGAAGAAGGAUAUGGCAAGCUUUAUGUCGAAAACCCUGAAGAUCCAUCUGGAAGCUAUGCUGCUGGUCUCAGAUGGAAUGGAAAUAUACCAGUCCACAUGGAAUCGGAAGUCCAUUCAAUGGCAGACGUCGCAAUCUAUUCCAAUGGUCCUGGAUCCCAUUUAUUCAAGAAAACUAUGGAGAACUGGAGUCUGUUCUUUCGAUUGACGGAAGCGUUGGAUCUGCAGCAUCCAACCAUUAAUUACACAGACCACAAACAAGAAUUGGAAUAAAAAAUAGCUUUGAUAUAUCUAUUGACAUGCUAGUAAGAGUAAAUGAUGAGCUAUAACAAAUUAAACUAAGUAAAGAGACUAUGAACUACUAAAUGUACAAUAUGUUGUUAUGGGUGAGAUAUAGGAUAGACGAAUGGGAAGCGGAUAAAUGUUCGAUGAAGGUGAUAAAAACGAAAACAAUAAAAAGAAACUUCUAUAUAGCGAAAAUAACAAAUAUUACAUAGUGGUGGCAUUGGAUGGAGGAGGAUAAGCGA